UAGCACGAAGACAGAAAGAGAGAGAAGAGUGAGAAGGAGAGAGAGAGAGAGAGAGAAGACUCAGACAAUGGUGGAGGAGACCAGCUCCGGCGAUUCAUCAUCAUGUCCGAUCAAAACCGUCGUCGUUUUGGUACAGGAGAACCGGUCCUUCGACCACAUGCUGGGUUGGUUUAAGGAGCUAAACCCGGAAAUCGACGGAGUAACCGAGUCUGAACCGAAAUCGAACCCGGUUUCCACAUCGGACCCAAACUCCGCUCAGAUCUUCUUCGGCAAAGAUUCCCAGAUCAUCGAUCCCGAUCCCGGUCACUCCUUCCAGGCGAUCUACGAGCAAGUGUUCGGGAAACCGUUCAGCCCGGAGUAUCCGUACCCGGAGGCGAAGAUGAACGGGUUCGUGCAAAAUGCGGAGGCGAUAACACCGGGAAUGGCGGAGAAGGUGGUGAUGCAGGGUUUUCCGCCGGAAAAGUUACCGGUUUUCAUGGAGCUGGUGAAGGAGUUCGGCGUCUGUGACCGGUGGUUCUCGUCGUUGCCUUCGUCGACGCAACCCAACCGCCUCUUCGUCCACUCGGCCACUUCCCACGGAGCUUUUAGCAACGACACGAACAAGCUCGUUAACGGGUUCCCUCAGAAAACUGUCUUUGAAUCUCUUGAAGAGAGUGGCUUCAGUUUCGGGAUUUAUUAUCAGUCUUUUCCAAACUGUCUCUUCUACAGAAACCUUAGGAAGCUGAAGUACGUAGACAACUUCCAUCAGUACAGCCUAAGCUUCAAGAGGCAUUGCAAAGAAGGCAAACUCCCGAACUACGUGGUGAUCGAGCCACGCUACUUCAAGGUCGUGUCGGCUCCAGCCAACGACGACCACCCCAAGAACGAUGUCCGAGAAGGCCAAAAGCUCGUCAAGGAGAUCUACGAGGCUUUGCGAGCCAGUCCGCAAUGGAACGAGACCCUUUUCGUCGUCGUUUAUGACGAACACGGCGGCUACUAUGACCACGUCCCUACGCCCAUCAAUGGUGUCCCUAAUCCUGACGGUUUGGUCGGACCCGAGCCGUACAACUUCAAGUUCGAUCGGCUUGGUGUUCGAGUCCCGGUCUUACUAAUCUCACCUUGGAUUCAGCCUGGAACCGUGUUACACGAGCCGUUGGGGCCAGAGCCGACGUCUCAGUUCGAGCAUUCUUCAAUUCCCGCGACAUUGAAGAAGAUAUUCAACCUCAAGAGCUUCCUCACAAAGCGUGACGCUUGGGCCGGAACGUUUGAAUCUGUCAUCAACAAGACUAGUCCAAGGACUGAUUGUCCAGUUACACUGCCUGAACCUCCAAGGGACAGAGAUCUUGAUGUUGGAACGCAGGAAGAGGACGAAGAACUAACCGAGUUUCAGACAGAACUGAUUCAAGCGGCUGCUGUUUUGAAAGGUGAUCACAUCAAAGAUAUUUAUCCGUUCAAGAUCGUCGAGAACAUGAAAGUCUUAGACGGUGCAAAGUAUGUCGAAGAAGCUUUCACAAGUUUCUACGACGAGUCGAGAAAGGCUAAAGAGAGAGGAGUUCAUGAGCAUGAUAUCGUCGAUCUUGCCAAACAUGGAGGUACUCGUAGUUCGAAUCCGAAAUCUUUAAUCGAGAAGCUGUUUUCUUGUUUAAUCUGUGAUAAUUAAAUAGAGGAUUCUAAUUCAAGAUUGUGACAUUCCAUGCUUUGUCUGGUUUUGAUGUUAAGGUUUAUGCUGUGUUUAUGAUCAACCUCUUACUUGUCUCA